AUGGAAACACCUCCGGAUCCCCAGAAGCAACGGCAGCACCGGAUCGCCGGCCGUGAGCGGAAGCGAGUCGCCCGGGCCUGUGACGUAUGUCGCCGGCAAAAGGAGAAAUGCGACGGCGGCGUGCCCUGCCGCCGAUGUACCCGCAUCGGCCACAGAUGCGAGUUCUCUGGCCGGGCCGUCAGCCAAGUGACCGUUGAUGCACCUGCUGCUGCAUUCGACUUCGCUUCGGAGCCGGUUCCACAAGUCGUCCCUAGGUCUCAUUCCGCUUCAGCCUCUGCAUCUGCUGAACGGAGCCCUGCAGCGUUGCCACAACGAGUGGCGUACUUGGAGAAGAUUGUCCAGCGCUAUGUCGGCGACAUCAGCUUCGACUCGGAGUCUCUCCGGAGCCUGGCCGAGAAUAUCGACAGAGAAAGGUCCCCGCCCCGGCUGCCGCUGGCGACCAACGACUCAUCAAACAGCUCCGAUGCCGUUGGCGUUGACAAGGAGAACUUCACUAUCGAGCCACUGGAUAACAAUAUCACACACUACUCCGGCGAGUUCUCCCAUUGGAACUUUUCCAUGAGGAUAAAGCAAUGGAUCGAACAAAGCGUCCCCAAGGAAGCACCCAACUCGACUAAUUAUAAAGAGUAUUACCGCGCCGAGGACCUACAGUCUCCCUCCAACAUUACCACUUCUCUGUCCUCCCUUCCUCCCAAAUUCGUGGCAAGCUUUCUCUUUCACUCGUUCUUCAAGCAUGCAGAGGCAAACUACUGGUACGUCGAGAAAGAGUGGCUCGCGGAUAGGUUUGACGCUGUGUACGAGAAUGCUGGGUCACUGUCUCGUCGAGAUGUGGGAGCGGUGUGCAUGAUCUUCAUGGUGCUCGCCAUUGGCACGCAGUAUGCUUAUCUCGAGUCGGACGCUGAACAGCUUGGAGACCCUCGCGCUCAUGAUCAGGCUGGCUCGGAGCUGUUCUCCGAGGACACCGUCGGGAUCAUGUUCUAUCAGCAAGCAUGUCGGCUGCUGCCAGACGUCAUUACGAUAUCCUCACUGGAGAGCGUCCAGGCUUGUAUGCUGAUCGGCAUCUACACCUUGCCGCUCGAUGCGGCAGGGCUCUCCUACAUCUACCUGAAUCUGGCAGUGAGGCUUGCUAUUCAGAACGGGAUGCACAGGAAGUACCCAGGGGAAGGGCUAGAUCCUAGCAUCCGCGAGACGAGGAAUCGUGUCUGGUGGACAGUCUACACAAUUGAGAGAACAUGCUCAAAGAACGAGAUUUCGAACGGACUGGGACGGCUCAUCGAGCUACACCGCGAGCUCGUCUCCUGGUGGGAGGCCUUACCAGAUCAUACAUUCUCCAAGGAGCUCACGUCGCAGUCAACAAUCACUCGGAUGGGCAUGCAUCUACAGUUGGAGUAUUAUCUGAUCCACAUCUUCGUCGGCCGAGCCUUUAUCUUCCUCCGAGACUCCUCUCGAAGCAGCAGCAGCAGCAGCAGCAGCGCAUCGCCGUCAAGUAAGAGCCAUCCACGCUCCAUUCUAGUCAACGACUGCAUCAAGGCUUCGAUGGCGGUAGUGGACAUAUGCCGACACCUCCGAGCCAGCAUCGGCCUCUCGCGCGCGUCCUACACAGAGUUCAGCGCUUGCCGGGCCGCCCUGCUGGUCAUCACGACGCAGUGCCUGCAGAAGAAGACGGACCGGUUCCGCAGGGCGUUGCGGGAUGGGCUGUCGAUGCUCAAGGAGAUGUCGGUAGGGGGCGAGUCGGCGCGGACCGAGGUGUCGCUGAUCGAGGCCUUUGAGCGGGUGAUCGCCAAGUUGGACUCGGUCGCGGCGGAGGGGAAAGCCGACUCGGCGUACUCCCGGUUCAAGAAGUGGGAGCAGUUGUGGAAGAGCGACCCUGCGGCGAUGGAGAUGAUGGGCGACCGGCCACACGAUAUCCCAAUGCCCAUGGCCCCCCAACCAGCUGGGUCAUGGAGGGCCGCCGAGGGGCCGCCUCACAGGCUGGGUACCGUGCCGAUGCCCUCGUACACGCCGUUCUUCGGCAUGGACGGGAACUUUGCGCCGUUCCCUCAAACCUUGGACGAGUUCUCGUCAUUCCUUGGGUACAGCUUCGGACCCAGCCCUGAUAGUACAGACACUGCCGGAAAUAGGAGCAACUGGCUAGGACCAUAG